UUUCCUCACCAGAAUUGUAUUCCUGGCAGUGUGGAGAAGGUUUAGAAACAACAUUUAGAUAGAUGAACAGUUACAUGAAAAAAUCCUAAUCAGGACCUCAUUAACAUUUCAUCACUUUAUUUGUUGGGGGCUGGUCACCACUUUCUGAAGGGUGGGGUCACUGGGAAUUGGACUCAUGACCUCAGUAUUUCUAAAAUCCUGGCUAAGGCCCCUGAUUACAGUAAUCUGGUGUGGACGAUGUAAAAGCACGGAUCAGCAUGAAUGUACCCGCCACAGGAAGCGGGGAGGCUCUGGGCGGGGAUAGAGAGCUGUAAUCUUCUCUGAUUGGUUAUCCGGACUGCCUCCCAAUAAUUUUACUACCGGUGCUGAAUGUUUUGUUACUGACCGUCAAUAUAUCCAAGCGUAACACAGGCAGUGAAAAGCAGCUAGAGUCUCUGUCAAAGUACCACUUAUUUGUUGGUUUACUGCUGUAUACCAGUGCACUGACGAAGCUCACAUCCAUCAUGGCGAAGAGACGUGCCGAGGACACGCUGCUGCAAGACUCUCCCUCCAAAAGAUGCUACCGCUCACUUUGCAGUGUUGACAUGCAGCUGGGAAGCAUGGCUCCGACCGGGGGUGUGAGCCCGCCGUCACUGCUGGCUUUACUGGGCGGCCGCAACAGAAAGAGGCCGUACUACUUCGAGGACCCAGAGAAACAAGAAGAAGCGGCUCUUUAUCGCAAGGCCACAAACUGCGACACUAGGAAGCAUGCAGCAAGUGUUUUGACGGUGCAGACAUCUGGAAGUUUCCAGGACCGUCGCAGCUCCAGCACACUCACGAGCACCAAGAAGCGACCUCGAGAGGACUGCGCGGGUUCAGAGACUGUUAUUCCUAAAGCUAAUGAUAAAGCUGAUGAAGACAUCAACACUGAAGACUGCACUUACAACUCCUUCCAGUAUUGGAGGGUCCCCUUACCUGAACUUGACCUUUCACUGCUAGAAGAUGCCAAUGACCAUUCCCAAACAAAAGACAAGUCAAAACUCACAGACACUUCUUCGGAUGCCAUGGAAACCUGAAUGUGACAGGUGCAGGGAUGCUGUUCUACUCUGUCCUGACAUCAGCAGGCAAACACCAUGAUGGAAAUAUGUGUGAAUGCUGAAUGCUUCUCAGCGGAUAGACUUGAUGCUUGAAAUGCAUCCAGGUGAGAUGCAACGACCUGAUGUCACAGACUGCCAAGGUAGCCCUGUCAGAGUGACGUAGGCUGUAGUAAGUGAGCCUCAUGCUGGUGUAAGAUUUCAGUGACUUACAGGUGAAGUAACGGUCUGCACUGCAACAACACUGUUCUUACAGUGGGGACCAAAAAUGUGGUGAAAUUUAGUAAACCUCUUUGAUGGGUUGCCCAUCCAUCCUCAAAUUGUAGAUAGUUUUCUUUUAAUAUGAAUAUCUGUAUUUAACACAGAAAACAGCUUUGUGUUAAAAUGAUUUCAGACAGCCUGGUGUACAACAAUAAUGUUAAAGAAAUUAGGUAUGAAAAACUGGGUCUACACAUAACAGUUCAUAUUAUAAUCACUAUAAUAUAUUUUGGAGUGUGUUGUUUGGUUUAACUCAACCCAAAGUUGUUGUUUACAGAUUGUGUGACAGCGUUGUAGAUGUGGGAAAUAUACAUUAAAAAAAACAUGUAAAGGC